AACCCGUCCUGCCGGUCGGGCCGCCGCCUCCAGCCCGGCUGCGCCAACCCCAGCGCUGCCGCCCCAGCCCCGCCGGCCCCCCCGCACCCACCCGCGCUGCGGGCCCUGCUCUGCCGGCCCCGCUGCUGCUGCCGACAGCAACCGCCCUGCUCCUGCUCCUGCUGCUCCAGCCCCAGCGCGGCCGACCCAGCGCAGCCUGCUCGCAAACCUUUUGCAAACCCUUUUGCAACCCUCUCGCAACCUUCUCGCUCAGCUCGCAACCUCCACUCAGCUUUCCUGCUCAUUUUCCAACCUUCUUGCCCAUUUCCAGCUCCCUUCCCCGUUUGAAAACUUCCUUCCUCGUUUUCCAACCUUCUUCCCCACUUUCCAACCUUCUUCCCCACUUUAAAACUUCCUUUCCCCAUUUUCCAACUUCUUUUCCCGUUUUCCAGCCUCCUUCCCCACUUUCCAACCUCCUUUCCCACUUGCCGCCCCCCGCCCACCUCUGUCCCCGGCCCGUGUCACCAUGUCGGUCACCAUCACCAGGAAGAGCGUCCGCAGCAGCGGCAGCUCCGCCGUCCCCGGCCGCUCCUUCAGCUCCCGCUCGUACACGGCGGGCCCGGCCGUGAGGAUGAGCGCGGCCUCGGCCUUCGGCGCCUACGGCGGGAGCCGCUUCGGGGCCGGGCUGUACCGGGGUGCCGGGGCUGCACCGGGUGCAGGCGGCGGCAUCGCGGCCGUCAGCGUCAACCAGAGCCUGCUGACCCCCCUGAACCUGGAGAUCGACCCCAGCAUCCAGCGGGUGCGCAAGGAGGAGAAGGAGCAGAUCAAGACGCUCAACAACAAGUUCGCCUCCUUCAUCGACAAGGUGCGGUUCCUGGAGCAGCAGAACAAGAUGCUGGAGACCAAGUGGAGCCUCCUGCAGAGCCAGCAGCCCCCCCGCAGCAACAUGGGGGGGCUGUUCGAGGGCUACAUCGCCAGCCUGCGGCGGCAGCUGGACGGGCUGGGCCAGGAGCGCCUGCGCCUGGAGGCCGAGCUGGGCAGCAUGGAGGGGCUGGUGGAGGAGUUCAAGAACAAGUACGAAGAAGAGAUCAACCACCGCACCGAGAAGGAAAAUGAGUUUGUCCUGCUCAAAAAGGACGUGGACGAAGCGUACAUGAGCAAGGUGGAGCUGGAGUCGCGCCUGGAGAGCCUGACGGACGAGAUCAGCUUCCUGCGGCAGCUCUACGAGGAGGAGCUGCGGGUGCUGCAGUCCCACGUCUCCGACACCUCGGUGGUGCUGUCCAUGGACAACAGCCGCAGCCUGGACAUGGACGGGAUCAUCGCCGAGGUGAAGGCGCAGUACGAGGAGAUCGCCAACCGCAGCCGCGCCGAGGCCGAGAGCAUGUACCAGAUCAAGUACGAGGAGCUGAAGAGCACAGCGGGGAAGCACGGGGACGACCUGCGCAACACCCGCAGCGAGAUCAACGAGCUCAACAGGCUGAUCCAGCGCAUCCAGGCGGAGAUUGAGGCGCUGAAAAACCAGCGUGCCAGCCUGGAGACGGCCAUCGCGGAGGCCGAGGAGCGUGGGGAGCUGGCGCUGAAGGACGCGCGGGGGAAGCUGGCGGAGCUGGAGGCCGCGCUGCAGCAGGCCAAGGCCGACAUGGCCCGGCAGCUGCGCGAGUACCAGGAGCUCAUGAACGUCAAGCUGGCCCUGGACAUCGAGAUCGCGACCUACAGGAAGCUGCUGGAGGGCGAGGAGAGCAGGCUGGAGUCGGGCAUGCAGAACCUGAGCAUCCACACCAAGACGACGGGGUACUCGGCUGCCGGCUUCGGCACAGGAUUUGGGGGGGGCUUUGGCUCCUCCUUUUCCAGCUCCGGCUACGCUGUGUCCCCCCCCGCCCCGGAGAGCUCGUCCCUCACCAAGUCCCGCGCCAUCGUCAUCAAGAAGAUCGAGACCCGCGACGGCAAGCUGGUGUCCGAGUCCUCCGACAUCCUGGCCAGCUGAGCCCCACGGGGGACACCCCGCACCACCCCCAGGGCGACCUGAGCCAGUGCCCCUGCGGCGGCCACCGAGGGCUGCCCCCCCGCGUUGUCCCCAACACCCCCAUUGUCCCCACCCCCGCUCUGUCCGUCCUGGCCCUCCCGCGUGCUGGGGGUGUGAAAUGGGGGGGCCCGGCCCCUCCCCGGGGGCUCUGCUGCUGGAAUAAAACCUCGAAACUCGGGA